AUGAGCGGUGGGCGUGGGGAGGAACGGAGCGGAAGUGCGGGGCGGCACCAGCUCCUCCAACUCCGCCUCCGCCUCUGGCUCCCGGCCGGGGGCGUGGCGUGGCCGAGGACGCUCCGCCUCUCGGCGCGGCGCGGGGUUUCUUCCGGCCUGCGCGCCCCGGACGUGACCUCGGCGGCCGUGCGCCCGAGCCGCCCUGAGGGAGGCGCCCGCGGCCCCGGCUCAGAACCACUAUCCUGGACCUCCCAGCCAGGCAGCCGCAAGGAGGAACCCCUUCGUGAGCCUUCCAGCCACUGCCGCCUGAGGAAGACAUCCUGCCUGGCCAAUAUUCCACUGACCCCAGAGACACAGCGGGACCAGGAGCGUCGGAUCCGAAGGGAGAUUGCCAACAGCAAUGAGCGGCGGCGCAUGCAGAGCAUCAACGCCGGCUUCCAGUCCCUCAAGACCCUCAUUCCCCACACGGAUGGAGAGAAGCUCAGCAAGGCAGCCAUCCUCCAGCAGACAGCUGAGUACAUCUUUUCGCUGGAGCAGGAGAAGACCCGACUUCUGCAGCAGAACACCCAGCUCAAGCGCUUCAUCCAGGAACUGAGCGGCUCAUCCCCUAAGCGGCGCCGGGCGGAGGACAAAGAUGAGGGCAUUGGCUCCCCCGACAUCUGGGAAGAUGAGAAAGCCGAGGACCUGCGGAGGGAGAUGAUUGAGCUGCGGCAGCAGCUAGACAAGGAGCGCUCAGUGCGCAUGAUGCUGGAGGAGCAGGUGCGCUCGUUGGAGGCUCACAUGUACCCAGAAAAGCUCAAGGUGAUUGCACAGCAGGUGCAGCUACAGCAGCAGCAAGAGCAGGUGCGGCUGCUGCACCAGGAGAAACUGGAGCGGGAACAGCAGCACCUACGCACCCAGCUCCUGCCCCCUCCGGCCCCCACCCACCACCCUACGGUGAUUGUGCCGGCACCACCUCCUCCGCCCUCCCACCACAUCAACGUUGUCACCAUGGGCCCCUCCUCAGUCAUCAACUCUGUCUCCACGUCCCGGCAAAACUUGGACACCAUCGUGCAGGCGAUCCAGCACAUCGAGGGCACCCAGGAGCGGCAGGAAGAGGAGCGGCGGGCCGUCAUCGUAAAGCCCCUUCGCAGUGGCUCCGAGCCCCCCGCCUCCGACACCGCCUCCGAUUCGGAGGCCGCCGACAGUGACACCAUGGACCAGAGUCGGGAAGAGCUUCCCUGACCAGCCCCAGCCCUCCUCUCCCUAAUGGGGGCUGGAGGGGCCCGGGACAGCAGCAGGGAGAAACGUGGGCGAAUGAGUGAGAGAUUUUUACAAAAUUACAAUGUCAUUUGGGUCUCUUUUAUGACCUCUUUUUCGAUACUGUAAAUUGACCUUUGAACGGAGCCACCCAACUCAAGGUCACAGGGGCUGGGGUGGCCUGGAGCGUGUGUGGGGCCUUGGGAUACUGGGGCUGGGCCUCAGCCCUGGAGGCUGGGGACACAGACACUGAGGUGCCUGGUUUCUCUCUGCCAAAAAAAAAAAUAAAACAUUUUUUCAUUUUAAACAUGUUUUUUAAGAACAGGGAAAAUGAAAUGUAACCCCAAGCUCGCUCUUCCCUCCCCAGAGGCAGCCUUGCAACAGCCAGUCUUUAAUCCCUCCUUCCCACCUCUCUUUGGUUUUCUUCUUUUUCCUUUAAGCACUUAACAUGGGUUGGGGGUCUGGCUGGGUCUGGGCUUUCUGGGGGGUUGGGGGGGGUGUUGAUGUUGCUUCUCGGUUUUGGGGUUUGCUGCUGCCCUCCUCCCCCAUCCCUACCCCCUCUUAGCACUAGGGUUAGCCACUCUACUCCCCACGCAACCCCACCUAUCCCUACCGGUUUCCCAUCUUCAACCCCAAAAAUGUCUUUGUCUCUCUUUUUGUUUUGUUCGUUGUUGUUUUUUUUCCUCACCUCUUUGUUUUGUUUUGUUGUUUUUUUAAAAAAAUUUGAGGUCUUUGUGUUCAAGGAGAAGCUAUUAUAUUUUGUUAAGAAAGUGGGGGGGGUGGGGAAACCAAGAGGCCACUGUGCCUUUGUAAAGCAACAAAAUAAAGUUUGUACCUUGUUUUCUA